GAUCCACACUGGGGAGAGGCCCUACGAGUGUCCUGAGUGUGGGAAGAGGUUUCAGACCAGCUCCACUCUCCUCGUGCACCAGCGGAUUCACACGGAUGAGAAGCCAUUCCGCUGCCCUGACUGUGGGGAGGGCUUCAAACACAACUGCACCCUCAUCACCCACCGGCGCAUCCACACUGGGGAAAGGCCCUAUGAAUGUCCCGAGUGUGGGAAGAGGUUUCAGAGGAGGUCCACUCUCCUCAUGCACCAGCGGAUUCACACAGAUGAGAGGCCCUUCUGUUGCCCUGACUGUGGGGAGGGCUUCAAGCAAAACUCCCACCUCAUCACCCACCGGCGCAUCCACACUGGGGAGAGGCACCACGAGUGUGGAGAAUGUGGGAAGAGCUUCAGCCGGAGCUCCAGCCUGAUCUGCCACCAAAGGACCCACACUGGAGAUCGGCCCUGUGAGUGUGGGGAAUGUGGGAUGACCUUCAAAUGGAGGUCCCAACUGAUCAUCCACCAGAUGAUCCACACUGGGGAAAAGCCCUACGAGUGUCCCGAGUGUGGAAAGAGGUUUCAGACCAGCUCCACUCUCCUCGUGCACCAGCGGAUUCACACAGAUGAGAGGCCCUUCCGCUGCCCUGACUGCGGGGAGGGCUUCAAGCAAAACGCCCACCUCAUCACCCAUCAGCGCAUCCACACUGGGGAGAGGCCCUACGAGUGUCCCCAGUGUGGGAAGAGCUUCUCACAGAGCUCUCACUUGACCAGACACCAACGGAGGCACCAGUAAGGGAAGCCCUGCAAGUACCCCGAGUGCAGGAAGAGCUUCGUGCGCUGCCCCAGCUCCAUCCCCCAUCAGAGGACCCACGUUCCCAGUGAUCUGUGUUUGGAACACACUGGGGUGAUGGUCAUUUUGAUUUGGCCCUGAUAUUCUUUUGAUUCAUCUUCAUCCCUUUAAAACAGAUAAAAUUCUGUGUUUGACUCCUGAAAUGGAAUGACAGUGCUUUUACAUGGGAAGAAAAGCAGCUAGCCACAGAUUAUAAAGUGGAGAGGGAAGAAAAAUUCCAGCAAGACUUUUCUGCCCUGGUCUGUUUGGUGUGACAGCAAUCCCUAGAUGUAUUCAAUACUGGAACUUGUCUCCAAAUGCUAGAACUAGGUUCUUCAAUCUGAAUGACAGUAUCUAUUCUUGUGAAGGGAAACAUCUUGUCCGACUGAUGGUCCAGGUAGAUGUGAAGGCCAGCAAAACAUUUUUGCCCUGAAACACUGUGACUAAGUGAUUCAUUUUCCAAGGAAAAGCAGUGUCAUUCCCUUUCAGGAGCACAUAUGAGAAAUUUGGAAAUUACCUCUACUAAUGAAUAUGUCCAAGGUUUGUUCCAACAGAAUAGGUGCCUGGAGAGAUAGGUCUUGCUUGCCUUUUCCUUCCCUGGGCAGACAAUUAUCUGCAGCACCAACAGUAGGACUAGGUGUUUCUCCUCCCAGGGAAAUGUGCUUUCAUUCACUUUCAGAGCCCAACCUCCUUUAUUUGGUGCCAAGCUCAAAAUUUGGAUCCAUCCAAGGAUUGCUCCCACACAAAAUGUUCCAGGACAGAAGGUCUUUACAUCCCCUGGGCAGCCUCUCAUCUACCCCUGAAACACUGGUUACCUGAUGUUGCACUAUAUUAGCAACAGCAAAAGUACAGCACAGACUCUGGCUUGGUUGCACAAGACAGCAAGUUUUAUUCUUCCAGAUCUUUUAUAGACAGUUCUGAGAAGGUCCGAAAAGGUAAAACUCUCAUUGGUCAUGAAACUAACACAUCACCAUCAUUGCACAGUUAGGAACAAUACCUCUUGACAGUUUCUUGCAAGUAAACAACAAGGCGACAACACCUGCCAAGGUUGUUUUCCUUCUCUAAGGCCUGUUUGAAUUCCUCCUUAUGAUUU